ACUGAAUCGGUGUUCGGUCCUGGCUGGCAGAAGCGUGGCCAGCUGGCCAGCUGUUGAGACCCAUGGCGUUGACGUUGCUGUUGGCCAAGUUGCUUCCAGGAGCCCUGGGGAUCGACAAUGGCCUUGGUCUUACACCUCCACGUGGAUGGAGAUCCUGGAACAGCUUCGAUUGCUUGGAGCCCUCGAGGAUCUUGACUCAAGAACACAUGAUCGCCCAGAUGGAUGCGGUCCUCGACCAGUCCCGCUCGGUGGAUGGAAAGCCCACCAGCCUGGCCCAGCUGGGAUUCGAUUGGAUCAGCAUGGAUGAUGGCUGGCAGCGGUGCAACUGCAGCGUGCGCCAGGAUUUGGAUCCAACGCUCCCCACGUGCGACGGCAACCUUUGCUUCGGAGGUCACUGUUCCUGGCACGACGCGUCGGGACGCCCCAGGGUGCGGCCUGACCGGUUUCCUGACAUGAAGAAGCUCGUGGACUAUGGCCAUGCGCGGCAGUUGAAAGUUGGCACUUACCUCAACAACUGCAUUUGUAAUGAGCAUGGUGAGCCGCACUACGAGGAAGACGUCGCCUGGAUGGUCCAUGAGAUGGGCUUCGAUGGAGUGAAGAUCGACAAUUGUGGGAGCUCCACCAACGUGACACACUGGGCGGAGCUCAUCAACCGGACGGGCAAGGCCCUACGCAUUGAAAAUUGCCACAACUCCUGGCCCGACUUCAAGACCGGCGUUUGCCCCAUGAACUUCUUUCGCACAGGUGGAGACAUCUCCGCCGACAUCAGCUCCAUCCUCAACGAAGCGUAUGCCACGGUCGACGCGGCCGAUUUGCCUGAGCCCCGCUCGGGCCCGGGGUGCUGGGCCUAUCCUGACAUGAGUGAGGUUGGUAACUUUGCGCCGGGUCCUUCACGCGAUGAUCAAGAAAGAACACAUUGGGGGUUGUGGUCGAUCAUCUCCUCGCCUUUGAUUCUGGGGUUUGAUCUGAACGACUCCCAGACCAUGGACGGGAGAGUUUGGCCCAUCAUCACCAACACUGAUGCCCUUCGCGUCUCUGACACCUGGGCCGGGCAUCCGGGCACCUUGAUUCAAAGCUACCCCUCCACGCGCGAUGCGCUUGCAGUGGUACAGGGCCCAUGUGAUGGCUCAGUGGAGUCCACGAAGUGGAGCUUCCAAGGAGGACAGCUCCGGACUCCUCUUCGUGGAACUGGGCCCACCUGCCUGACGACCCAAUCGGUGCCCUGCCCACCGCCCACCACGGCAUUUCCACAUGUGCAGUGCGGACUGGCCGCGCGGAACUGUAGCGAGUUGCCCUCAGGGGACUGGACUUUGUCUGGUGGCCGGAUCCAGUGGAAUGACCACCAUAGCCAGUUGAGCUGCCUGUAUGCCAAUCCCAUAGAUUUCAACACAUCGACCGGAUACUUCACCCGGAAGGCUGCCACGGUGGGUGUCUCUGCUUGCGCGGACGGUCCGCGCGGACCGUCGCCCUGGGCACAUCACAUCUCCGAGGGCGCCUCUCCUCUCCGCGACUUGGCGCCGGUGCCCAGGAGAGCGGCUUCUGCCGGAGAACGCUCGUUGACCUCGGACAAGAGGAAGUUCUCGUUGACCUCCAAAGGCGAGCUGAAAAGCGACGAGGCUGGCGAGGCCACCUGCUUGCGGGUGGCACCAGUGAGCGGGGUGCAGUUGUGGGCCAAGCCGAUGAGCAACAGCAGCGCGGCAGUGCUACUGAUUAAUCCAUCAGCGGAAGAAGAGGUUCUUGAUUGGCCAGUCCAUGAUUUACCAGCUCGUUUUCCAGGCGGAUCCACAAGCUUCACGUGUGAGCCGGGCCAAUGUCUCGCGCGUGAUGUUUGGGCACGGAGGAGUUUCCCGGUGUCUUCCGCAACGCUCCGGCUUCACUUCAAACCUUGGGCGAGCACAUUUUACAUUUUGACUUCUGACUUGGAGGCUAUUUCAGUUUGAAUUAUUUCCCAAAAUCCAGCCAGAUUCCUGGGCCUGGGCUGCCUGGGCCCAGUCAUAAGACUCGAUGAGACUUGAAAUUGCCUGACCCGAAAAAGGGGUCAGGGUCCUUCAGCUGGUGGAGAGGUCCUUAAUGCCAUGUCGUACAGCCUUUUUGGCACCAGGGCCUUGGAAGCAUCUCGAAUCUCCAGCACAGCCACAGCAAUCUCCCAACUGGCGCAGAAGACGCCGAGUAGCGAAGCGAAGGAUUUGACGAACUGGUGGCUGAAAAAGACGACUGGUGGCUGGGCCUUGGAGACCCUGGGCGCUGGCAAACGCGCAGAGGCUGGCGUCGGAAAUGGGAUGCAAUGUAACAAAUACCUGAC